CUGUUAAAUGAUAACGAAAAUAUGGAUUUUCUACCAAAUAUUACUGUAGCAGGCAGUUCUGAAAAUGUGGAGUUCUAUGAAUUAAAAUCAUCAACUCGCUGUUUACGAUCUGACGAAAUAUCGAAGAUCAAGGUCUUUGGAGCACUCUUAAUCGUGUUGACUGUUAAAAAAUGUUUUCUUACUGGAGCAAAAAAAGUAUUCCAAGCAAAGUUGAAUGUAAAGAGUUGGCGAAAGAAUUGUCCAUAAGCGAAAAUACUUUUCGAACAGAAGUAGAAAUGGAAAGGCAGAAAAUGGCUCAGCCGACUACAGAUAGGCAUGUCCUGGAGUUUCAAGACUUUCUAAGGCGGGUUCAGACUUUACAGAUGUCACACACCGAGGCAAGCGAAAAACAAGAUUUAACAGUCAAUCGGUCCAAUUUGCGCAGUUCCACGGCUAUUGAAGUCGGAGAGGAACCGCCGACUAUACAAGCAACUGAUAAUAUUGGUAAAGCAUAUCCUUCGACAGAUCUAAGUUUUGGUGAUAAUGUGCCUAUGGCUACUACAAAUAUCCGAGUAACAGUUGGUAUCGACAAAGAUUUAGAAAUGAUUCUUGAAAUGGAUCCAAGUAUUGUAGAUUUGGGCGAUAUUAGUAUUGCCGAAGCAACAGAGCCGCGCAUAGUGGGUUUACCUCCACUCUCGGGUGGACCAACAUUCAAAACUGCCACUCCCACUUCACGAACCCAACUAAAACUUCAGUUACAACGGGAGCAACAUCAACAGCAACAACAGCAAAUGAUGAUACAGCAACAGACCCUGGAUUCACCAGAUCCGAAAAUGCACCUUUUGUUUGGCAGUGGACAGGGAUCCAUGGAAUCGGAAUUUAUCGACAGCGGUAGUACCAGCGCAUGUGGCAGCGGGUCAUCUAGUUUAGAGCAAAUGUCACAAUUAGUGCAAAUGGAUAGUUUGAUUGACACGUCAAGUGCGGCUAAACUUAAAGUUCCUCUUCAAAGUAUUGGUGUAGAUGUGCCACCCCAAGUGCUGCAGGUCAGUACAGUUCUUGAAAACCCGACCAGGUAUCACGUUAUUCAAAAGCAAAAAAAUCAAGUGAGACAAUAUCUUAGCGAAUCCUUUAAGCCAUCUAUAUGGGGCUGCCAUAACAGCGAAAUUAAAAUGGCGAAUAACUCUGCUUCAACCGGUAAUCUUCAAAGUUCAUCCUUAGAUAAAGGUCUUCCGUUGGAGCGUACAAACAGUUUUGGGUGUGAUACGACUGUUAGUGCUAAGAGAAAUAUGCAUUCCGACGACCCAAUGCCUAUUUCCACCUUUGGAACCAGUUUUUCAAGAAGUGAUAACAUAAAUCCCAAUAUUGAUCAAGUUUCUGGAGAGUCAGCCAUGGCACAAAAAACCAACCAGUUAGGAUUUGCUAAAGCUAAUUCAAGCCUAAGUUCAACAACACGCACUUCUUCGGGAAUGAUGAAUUCAAUUAGAAUUUCCAGCACAGCCAGUUCGUUGCAGUCUACUUCAGCACCCAUUUCGCCUAGCCUAAGCUCGGUUGCAACAAGUGCCUCGGAGCUACCAUCAUUUGACAGCGAUCCAGAUGACCUUUUUGAUGAUAUUUUGCAAAAUGACUCCUUUAACUUUGACAAAAAUUUCAAUUCUGAGCUUUCAAUUAAACAGGAGCCUCAAAAUUUAACUGAUGCUGAAAUUAAUGCUAUGGCAAAAGACAGACAAAAGAAGGAUAACCACAAUAUGAUUGAGCGAAGACGCCGUUUUAAUAUCAAUGACAGAAUCAAAGAGCUUGGUACGCUUUUGCCAAAGGGUAGUGACGCAUUUUACGAAGUUGUUCGUGAUAUUCGUCCAAACAAAGGGACAAUCUUAAAAUCCUCUGUUGACUAUAUUAAAUGUUUGAAACAUGAGGUGACUCGUUUAAGACAAAAUGAGUGUCGUCAACGUCAAAUGGAGUUGCAAAAUCGAAAACUUAUGUCUCGAAUAAGGGAGUUGGAAAUGCAGGCGAAGUCCCACGGAAUAUCUUUAUCAGACUACCACUUAACUUCCGUAUCGGCGCCUACCCAAGCCAACGCAUAUCUUAAAGGUUCAAGUCUGUCUCCCGUUUCUCGAAGCCGUCGAUCCCUUUUUGAUCUACCUGUUGAAAAAAAAAUACAAGCUAUGAACAGUGGCGAUGUUAAUAUGGGUAUGAAUCAGAUCGAUGAACUAAUGGAGGAUUGCAAGCAUCCAGUACAAGGUGGCGACCCGAUGUUGUCAUCGCAUAGUCACAUGCCAUCCGCUUCAGGGUCACCAUCUUCAAAGGAAUUAAAUUGUGCUAGCUUUGAUCCAAAGAUUGUCUCGGAGGCUGAUGUAGGCCUAUUUAGAGGAAAGUCAAAUUUAGUAGCAGAUGAUUGUUGCAGUAUAAAUUGCAGUACUUCAUGCUAUAUUCAGCACCAGGCAACACACGAGGGUCACCGAAAUCAUUGCCACCACUCCAGUAUACGCGGGAUUCACAGUUUAUCUGAUUCAGUUCAAAACUCUGAGUUCGGUAGACUUGAACAUUGCGACGAUCCGCUGUUGUCAUCUUCCCGAAGGUCUCUGGGCACAGUAGAUGAAGAUCAACAUAGUUCUGUUGAUAUGUCUGCGGUUAUGAUAAAUGACUCACUUUCUUCUUUGGUGGAUGACAAUCAGAGUGAGCCUAUGCUUCUCACUCCUGACACCUUAGAUAUUGACUUGUAAAUUAACAAAAUUUAAGGUUGUGUUAUGAACACACGUCACUGUUUUGUUUAUUUUUUUUGAGGUAACAACAUCUCAAACGUAAGUUCUGAAAGUCUAAAGUCUUGAACUUAAAAAAUACUAAAGACUCUCUGAUGUUUUACGAAGGAUGUUUUAAGAUGAAACCCUCAAUAUUAUAAUUAGGCUCGCCUUUUUUUAUAUAAUUAAUAAAGAUUGUUAUUUAAUAUGCUAAUACGAUGAUAUCCUAAACUUAAAUGUAAUAUAUAAUCGGUAUAACCGCAAAAAUUAUAGCAUAUUUGUUACUUAAGUUUUAAUAAUAGGAAACUUGUUGACUGUGAGGAAAAAAAAUGCAUAAAUACUUAAAUUCCAAUAUGGGACAUCGGCAUAAACAAAA